GCCUGUAGACAGUAAUUAAGAACCAAGGAUUAACUGUUAUUAGGUGAUACAUUAUGUAAUGUAAGUUCAUAAAAUUAACUCUGUUUCUAAUAUUUCCAUAGGAUUAAUAUUAUUUUCAAUAAAAUAAUUCUUCAAUAAUCAGCAAUCAGCCAUGUUGAUUGAAACACCAAUCAGAGCGCAUUACGUCACGCCUCAGUCAACAACCGCCAAAGUUCGCGAAGUUCUAUACGUUCUCUUGCUGUUUUCGUACAUUUUAUUAGAAUCUGUUGUUUUUGUUCAUUUAAAUUAAUUAAUCGUAGUUAUUUUGUGAUUUAAAAUAGUAGCUGCAGUAAUAAUACACCAUGGAACCAGGUUUCAUCAAAGCAAAUAGCUCCAAUUUGCCCAGAGUUGAUUUGUUAAUGUUGGGAGAUUUUCUCGCUUCAAAUAAAGACUUUUGUUCCUCUGAAUUCCGAAAUGUGAAAGCUUCCUUGUCUUCACGGCCAUCAUAUGGGGAUGAUGCAAUCAGUUAUGUUCAAGUACAGAAUGACAGAAAUAUUUGCACUGUGAAAUGUAAAAUUUGCCCAGAACACAAAGUUCAUGCUAAGCUGUAUUCAGUUACAUUGAUUGUUGAUAAGGAUGAAGAAAAAGUUAUAUCAGUGCAAUGCCAUGAUUGUGUAGCUGCUCAAGGAGGCUGCAAACAUGCCAUUGCUUUACUUAUGUGGGUUCAUCGUAGGAGUGAGGAGCCAUCAUGUACAGAAGUGCAGUGUUAUUGGAAAAAAUCCAAACUAUCCAGAGUAGGCACAGCUAUCAAGUAUAUUACAGUAAAGAACUUGGCUAAUAGUAAUGGUAGUUCCAUCAUACCAUCAAAUUCCACAGUUUUACAAAUUUUUUUAGAAGAAAGCCAAAAGAAAAAUCUUGAAAGAUGUGAGCUGUUGAAGUUUCAAGCAGGUUAUACUUGUGAUGAGCUACUUAGUGUUUCCAUGCAUCACCUUGUACUACAGUUUAAGGAAAAAUGUUGCAACACACUUUUACAACAAAUUAAUAUAAAUAACAAUAUCCUAAUUGAAAUUGAAAAGAAGACCAGAGAUCAGCAUGCAAAUAGCCUUUGGUAUGAAUUAAGAUAUGGCCGGAUUACAGCCUCUAGGGCUUAUGAUGUCAGCCAUUGCCAGACAAGUGACGGAGCCCUAAUUUCUCUUAUUAUGGGGGGAAAAAUCCCAGACACGGCUGCCAUGAAGCGAGGGAGAGACUUGGAAAAUAAAGUGCGAGAUUCAGUGAGCAGAAAACUUAAGAAAAUAAUAAACAGUUGUGGACUCUUCAUAUCCCAAACCUAUCCAAUGUUAGCUGGUUCGCCAGAUGGUGUAUGUGAAGACUGUAUUGUUGAAAUUAAGUGUCCCAUGACCGAACAAACCUUUGUCAAGUAUAUAAAAAACGGACAACCAACAAAAAAAUGCUACAUGCAGAUACAAGUGCAAAUGUAUUUGACAGGACUUAAAAAGUGUUAUUUUUGUGUAGCGGAUCCUAACUUUUCAACAAAUUCUAAUGUUGAAAUUGUAUGUGUUACAUUCAACGAAGACUUUAUAUUAGAAAAUAUUAAAAGUUUAGUUACAUUUUGGGAAACCUAUGUGUAUCCUUUAUUGUACAGAAGUAUUGAAUAA